AAAAAUCUUAUUAUAUUAUUAUAUAAUAUAACAUUAUAUUAUAAUAUUUAUAUUAUAUAAUAUCGAAGUUAAUAAAAACGACAAAAAUCUUGUUAUAUUUCAUCAUCUGUUCCUAAUGUUCAAAAUUCAAUAGAGCGAUGAAAAAGAAAAAGAAAGGAAACAAACUGCUGCAUAAUGCAAAAUCAUUUCUGGAGAAAGCAAACCUAAAACAGAGAUUUCACAUUUUAAAAUGAGACCAAGUAGAUGUAUUAUACAAUUUCCUUUUCUUUUUUUACAAAGUUAUAUCUAAAUUAUUUAAAUUAUCGAGACAUUGGUACAGUUAUAUUAAUCACUAUAUAAAUAUUUCGCAAUUAUUUCAUAUUAUGUUGUGUUGCCUUUUUAUCAUUCUUUAUUGUGCUAUUUUAUUACUGUCAAAGUAACCUAGCGUUGGCUGAGCGAGAGUUAAAGUUGUUCAAGAUUAAGGAACCGUGUGCCUUAAAUCGCUUCGUACAUAAAACUAUAAACAUAGCAUGUAAGAAAUUGUUGCAAGUAUUAGGAGAUGUUUAAACAUUAAAAAAGAAACUAGUUAGAUUGUUCUAUUUUUAUAAGAUAAUUAACUAAUUAAUUAAGCUCGUCCUUGUGUCAGAUUGGUGGGAAAUAAACGAGUGAACAAGUAGGGAGAGACAAUCGUUUUAGGAACUUGUGAAUUUUUCUCAACGAAGCGUAGGAUAAUUUGUUUUUUUUUUUUUUUUUUUUUUUUUUUUUUUUUAAAUUUUUUUUUUUUUUUUUGUUUCAACAUUUGAUCAUUUAUUUUGACUAGUUACGGCAAUUUUUACGGAGAGGUUCCUUUGUCUCAGAGAAUUGUUUAUUUAAUAUCUCAUAAAAAUAACAGUGCCAUAUUGGUCUUUGUAUUACUCUGUUCUCUUUAACUAUUGCAAUCCAUGCGUACUACCGGAUUUAUUUCUCACCAAGAUGACGAGUGAUACUAUAUUCGUUACUUAAUAAAACGACUGAUUCCAUUGUACCUAUUACAUUAAGUCCAUUGUUGCAUCCUUAGUUUACGCAUCCUUUGUUUUCUUAAAAAUUUUAUUUGAAAAUGAAGGAAAACGAAAAGCAAACGACAAAAGAAAAAGAAUCGACUUGUUGUCUCGAACGCUUUCUGACAAACGCGUCUACCGACCUAGUGACGCCGACAGAUCUGAGAGUUCUCCAAAGAUUGCUCGUUUUAUUCGAUAAUCGUACGUAAGAUAGGACUAAGUCAGAUUGAUUGUACCCGAGUAGACAAAAAAGCAAAAUAUAUAUCACCGUCGAAUAAAAUGAUCGUUCUGCGAGCUGUCUGCAUCCGUUCGAUGUCAUUUGACGGAACCCUAAAUCGUCGUUUCCCUUUCACUUUAUCCAUCCGCGUCGCUGCUUUCUCGGAUUACGGCAUCGUGAUACAAGAUCGGCAAUUUUUCGGAGCUUCUUGCCCACGGGUAAAAGUCGGAACCGAGCGGACGACCGCAAAAAAGAGGGGACAAAGCCCUCGACGAGCAGCAACGCCGGUGCCAGCGGUAAUAGAAGGAGGAGGAGGAAGAGAAAAGGACGUUAUCGGAAGUUACUGCACUGGAACAACAGUAACGUUGCUUCUUUUGUGCGGUGUCUACGGUGCUUUGGCCGGACGUCGUUACAUCGCCAUACCGGUGGACGGGAUCGACGUGAUCGAGCUGAGCCCGAUGGCCCCAGCCACAGCCAGGAUCCCCAGGCAAACAGAGGCUUACGUUCCAGUAGCAGUUCCUAGUGUCACUCACGAAGAGCUCAAGGGUCCACGCCUGGAGAGGUCCUCCAACGCCCACAUUCUCGAUUACGUGGAUUUCGGUGGGCAAACCGGCUCGAACGGAGCGUUCAGCUGGUACGCUGAUUAUCCAGCUCAUCAUUAACCCCUUGACUUAUAUAUUAUAUCGAGAGCGACGCUCGUUGUACAAGGUCCAGGAUUGGGUCUUGCGGUCUGGCAGCUGAUUGCGGACCAUAACGAGUGACCGUAGUACAGUAAUUCGUCUUUCUUUUUGAGCUCUCGUCGG